AUGGAUUACCCAGCAGGAGAUUUGAUUUUACGAGGUGCUGGAUCGGACGGAGGGAAUCGUGCUGCAUGCGGUUGCUCCACUUCCUUCCUUUUCCUCUUCACCGGUCUCUUGUUAAUCGUGACUGGGCAAAUUCAAGACAAGGAAGGUGGUUCUCAGGAAACUCUCACGUAUCUCGGUAUUGCUUUCAUACUCUCUGGAGUCUUCCACUUCUUCUAUUUUCUCUUCAAGACUCGACACACCAGAGAGGACGAGAUAGACGUCGAAGGCGAACUACAUGGAAUUCGAGGAGGGUCGGAAAGGAUCUUCACUAUCAGUGGAAAUCCCAAUGCACCGGGGACGCCCAAGCCACCUCCUUACAGUGUGGCCGUGGAAGACCCACCACCGUCGUACGAGGAAGCAGUGCUUCCCCACAUGGAUGACAGUGAUUCCCCUGCGGUGGAUCAAAUGGAGAACUCCUCAAGUGUCACCUAAUCCCUCCUCAGUUAACAUUUGAGUAACUCACGGAUCUCUGCCUCCAGUGUCAACACAUUUUUCUUCACUUCAUCUUGAAGUUUUGUGCAAUGAAUUCGUGCAUUCAUUACAGGUGUCUACUGUAACAUCGAGUCUAUGGAGCUCGUAUUGAUAUUUGUUAAGC